GCGGCGCCCGCCGAGGUGUGGGCAGCCGCAGAGCCAGUCCUCGGAGAGCCAGAGGCGGGCGCCGAGUCACGAAGACACCGAGACACACAGAGAAGCCCUAGGCAGCAUGUCGCAGCCGUUGGACGAGGAGCCACAGCCCCCGCACAGGAGCAAGGCUUGCCGCCGCCUCUUUGGGCCCGUGGACAGCGAGCAGCUGCGCCGAGACUGCGACGCACUCAUGGCUGACUGCCUGCAGGAGGCCCGCGAGCGCUGGAACUUCGACUUUGUCACCGAGACGCCGCUGGAGGGCAACUUCGCCUGGGAGCGCGUGCGGGGCCUGGGUCUGCCCAAGCUCUACCUGGCCCUGGGGCCCCGGGGUGGCAGGGAGGACCCGGCAGGGUGCAAGCGGCCCAGCACCUCAGCGGCCCUGCUGCCGGGGGCUCAGGAGGACCACGUGGCCCUGUCGCUGACCUGCACCCUGGUACCUCGCUCCCCGGAGCGGCCCGAGGAGUCCCCAGGCGGGCCUGGUACCUCUCAGGGCCGGAAACGGCGGCGGCAGACCAGCCUGACAGAUUUCUACCACUCCAAACGCCGACUCGUCUUCUCCAAGAGGAAGCCGUAAUCCGCCCGCUGGAGGCUGCUGGCUCCUGGAAACAACAGGGGGCCUCCCCGAAGGCCCCUUGCACAUCUCUGCCUUCAUCUGCCCUUCAGUUUGUGUGUCUUAAUUAUUAUUUGUGUUUUAAUUUAAACUCCUCCUCGUGUACAUACUCUGGCAGCCCCUAACCCCAGCCUCUGGCAUUAGAAUUAUUUAAAAAGAAAUUAGGCAGUAGAGUGAUAGGCGCCCGAGUGCUGGGUAUUUUUAUUAUAUGAACUGUUAUUUAAACCCUUCUCCCUCCCUGUGCUGUCUCUGUCCCCUCCCUCCCAGGGGUCAGCUGGUGCUGGCUCAGGGCCAGCUGCCUUGUCCUGCCCGUGUGGCCAUCCUUGCCUCCUCCGUGGGUGGCGCUGGGGCCCGGCUCCUGCCCCUAACCUCACCCCCCCCCCCCGCAUUCUCAGACCCAGUUCCUUGAGAAGGGCGCGGAUAGCACUUUGAAGGAGGGGGGGUGGCAUCACCGUAAGCUCUGGAGUCCCCUCACCUCCUCUAAGGUUGGGCAGGUGACUCUGAGAUGGGCACAGCCUGGACGGGCCUGGGGCUCUGUACCCUCCCAGCCCGUGAUGCCCCCUUUGUCCUGGGAAGGUGGGGUCCCGGAAGCAGCCUCGCCCCGCCCUGUGGUGCAUCCCGUCUGGGCUCCCACGCACUGUCUGGGGCCUCGGCUGCCCAGCCCCGUCUGCUGCUCUCCCUUACCCCCGUCCUGGCCCUCCGGCGCCCUCGCAGCCCUAGGUAGCACAGCCCAGAAGGGCGGGCAGGUAGGCAGGCAGGUGGCAGGAGCAGGGAUGCCCGGUCGGCCUCUCACAGCACUACAGGCAGGGUCCCGUGUUGUGGACAGGCCUCCUCUAGUGGGAUCUGUGUGGGUGGGGGGUUUUCUAGGAGGGAGACCCCAGUCCCCGGAAGUCAUCCCAUAUCUAACCCGUCCCUCCUUAUUUCAUUGCACUUUGAGUAGCGGCUGAACAAGGAGCAGCUCAGGGCAGGGCAGGGGAGGCUGUCGAGGGCACACAGAUUGGGCCGCUAUGGCUCUGAGAGUGGGGGCUUUGAGUCCCUGGAGACACCGAAGCACUGGGCACUUCUGACCCCAAACACCUUCCAGCUCGCUCUUGGGACAUCUCCCACUCCCCACAUGUCCUGAUGCCCUUGUCUCUCCACCUAAGCCUACACCUCCCAUGGGCAGGGACCACAUCCUGCAUGUCCCUCUGUCCUUCACAGCCCCUCCCCCAGUGCUGAGUAUACAGCAGGUGCUCAAUAAAUGUUUCUUAAUGA